CCUACUAUAUGAGGAGGCAACUUUGCGGACACCUCACCGAGAUACAUUCAAGCUUGUGAGCGGUCUCGAAGUUCCCUCCAAGCGUUCUCUCUCCGUCCGACUGGGAUCUGCAGCCGCCUGUGGAACAGAUCAUUGCACCUGAGCGCACUCCGGCGUGGGAAUUAUUACCAUUAUUAUUUUUUCCUUACAUCGGAGAAGCCAGACCUCAACAUGCCUCGGUCAUUCCUUGUGAAGAAGUAUUUUUCAAACAAGAAGCCUUACCACAGGGAGAGCUACCUGGAGAGUCAAACUGCUUUUGUCCCAGAAAGCUUUCCCCGGGCUGAACUUCCAACGCAGAACAACAGCUCUGCCCUGACCUGCUAUCCCACCAACCCAUUCUUCAGCAGCAUGGACCCCCUGCCUGCACCUCUCUCCCCGGUCACCCCCGUGUCCCUGCCCCCUUCACCCCUGGGCCCUCUGGACCUCAGCAGUUCGCCCUCCAGCAGCAGCAGCAGCAGCAGCAGCAGCAGCAGCAGCGGCGAAGAAGAGGAGGACGGCGGACGCAGUUCUGACCCCCCCAGUCCGGAUAUCAUCCAGCACAUCUACCACUGUCUGCACUGCAGUAAGAGCUACACCAGCCUCCCUGCACUGUCGCAUCACCAGCUCUCCCACUGCGCCCCACUGCAGCAGACACCCUCUCUGCCCACUGAGGUUUCCACACGCCCAGCCUUCCACUGCAAACACUGCCCAAAGGAGUACACCAGCCUGGGGGCCCUGAAGAUGCACAUCCGCUCGCACACUCUGCCCUGCGUUUGCCCCACUUGUGGCAAGGCCUUCUCCAGACCGUGGCUGCUCAGGGGACACAUUCGCACACACACAGGUGAACGUCCCUUCGCUUGUCAACACUGUAACCGGGCGUUUGCUGAUCGCUCCAACCUUCGCGCCCACCUGCAGACCCACUCCGAAGUGAAGAAGUACCAGUGUGGCUCCUGCUCCCGGACCUUCAGCCGCAUGUCCCUGCUGCACAAACACAACGUCUCUAGAUGCUGCCCUGCCUCAUAGACUCGCAUUCUCUGGACUUCUCGCAUUAAGCCAGUUGAAGCUGCUGGCUGAUACUGAUCCGCUACCCGAUUAAAGCCAACACACCCAGGGAUCGGGAGAUUGAUGCCAGCUCAUUCAAAGCCACGACAGGAAAACUGUUCUGUUGAUUUUAUAAAAAAAAAAUACCUGUUAAGUGCCUUUUUUUUAUGUUUCUUCUGAAGGUUCAUCCUUUUUUCUCCAAAUUUUUAUAUUGGUUGUCACAUUGGUUUACCCGUGCCGUGUGUGUGUGUGUGUGUGUGUGUGUGUGUGUGUGUGUGUGUGUGUGUGUGUGUGUGUGUGUGUGUGUGUGUGUGUGUGUGUGUGUGUGUGUGUGUGUGUGUGUGUGUGUGUGUGUGUGUGUGUGUGUGUGUGUGUGUGUGUGUGUGUGUGUGUGUGUGUGUGUGUGUGUGUGUGUGUGUGUGUGUUUUGAGGGCAGCUGGACAUGCAGUUAAUUCCCAGGAAACUCCAUUGGUGCCGGCCGGUCCGGGACUGUGGCCAUGUUGCAGCUGCCUGGGUGUGUUUGUGCCUGUGUGUGUCUGUGGUGUAUUGCGGGGAUGUCAUUCCUCACCAUACUAUACAUACAUGGCAUGUGUGUGGAAAUGAGCAAGUGUGUUUGUUGAGGCAGCUGUCCGUGCAUGGUGUACUGUGGAGGCUGGGACGCUGACAGACGUGUUAGCUGUGACCUCGACGACAGGUGACCCCCUCCGCUCGCCACAAACACUUUCCACACGCACUCAUUGUGUCACUGGACAUGAAAGGACCACUUAAGGUUGUCAAAAAAAAAUACAUAACCCACCUUCACCAAUACUGUCAUUCAUUUAGACAUGUUUUUUAAGGUGGGCAAGAUGUUGACCAGUUUUUAUGAUCAAUUUGAUGAACAUGCAGUUGUCAUGCGAAUCCUGUGCCUUUUCUAAGGUUGUCUAAUUUUCAGCAACCUGUAAAUAAAAGCUUUGGUUUUUUUUCAAAAA